GAAAGGAAUGAAAUUUUGGAGUGAAAAUUUUAAUAUAGAAACAUGCUCGCGUUAGCCUAUUUGUUAAAAUAUUUCAAGCACUAAAACUACUAUUAUUCUUUCCGCUAACGGAGAAUACUGCGGGAGGGAGAUCGAUGGAGGAUGACGUCGAGAUGGCGGCGGCGGAGAGCGGAGCCGCGGUUGAGCUAGACGACAUGAAGAAGAGGCUGAAGGAGAUGGAGGAUGAAGCUGCAGCUCUUCGGGAAAUGCAGGCAAAGGUCGAACAGGAGAUGGGCGCCGCCCAAGAUCCUGCUGCUGCUGCAGCUAGUCAGACAAAUAAGGAAGAAGUGGAUUCUCGGUCAGUCUUUGUUGGCAAUGUGGACUAUUCGUGUACCCCAGAGGAAGUGCAGCAGCAUUUUCAGUCUUGUGGGACAGUGAAUAGAGUAACUAUUAGGACUAACAAGUAUGGUCAACCAAAGGGAUAUGCAUAUGUUGAGUUCCUUGAAACCGAAGCAGUUGACCAGGCUCUGCUUCUCAAUGAGUCCGAACUUCACGGACGCCAACUGAAGGUUUCUGCCAAGAGGACCAAUGUUCCUGGCAUGAAACAGUUUCGGCCUCGGCGUGCAAAUCCCUAUAUGGGCUUCCGGGCUAGAACUCCGUUCAUAGCUGCUCCUUACAUGUAUUCUCCAUACGGAUAUGGGAAGGUUCCGAGGUUUAGAGCACCCAUGCGUUACAGUCCUUACUUUUGAGCCUCUGAAAUUUGGUCAAGGCCUCAUGCUCCACCUGCUAGAUCAUGUAGUCUGUCAUAUGAAUACUUGUCAUGAUGUUUAUUGCAUGGUAAUGAAACUUGAAGUGAAAACAUAUUGUCUUCAAUUUUGUGGUUUUAAAUUUAUAUUGAUUGCCUUGUGUUUUAAAGGGAAUAAUUUACCUCGGAAAAUAAAUAUUAUCCUCUCUAGAGCAUUUACUGGUAGUGUGAUAACAGUAGCAUUCUAUUCUUCUCUUUUACAUAUUAAACAAGGUCUCGAGCAUUCGAUUUAUUGUCGAAAAUCUCUA